ACACUGUCAAUCAGUUAAUGUCAAUUUGGUGUUAUGGUUGCAUGGGUUGUGAUAUGUUUAUUCUAGAAAUUGGUGCAGCCUGGUGUUUACUAUUACUUCAAGAAUUUUUCUUUCAUCCAUAAAUCAGAAGAUAAUAUUUGUGCAUUAUAGUGUUUUAAAUAAGAAAGCAUAAUGGCUCACUAUAAAGGAGCAGCCUCGGAGGCUGGCAGAGCCAUGCACCUCAUGAAGAAGCGCGAGAAAGCUCAGCAAGAGAUAGAACUUCGCAAGAAGAAAAUAGAAGAAGACCUCAAAAUUGAUAAUAUUGAGAACAAAUUCGCUACACAUUACGAUGCAGUAGAACAACAACUGAAGAGUUCCACCAUUGGUCUGGUUACCCUCGACGAGAUGAAAGCAAAACAAGAACAUAUAGUGAGGGAAAGAGAGAAGAAAUUAGCGCAGAAAAAAGCAGAAAAAGAGAAAGAGAGGCAGAAGGAAAUUGAGGCUAAGCAGGCACAGAAAAAUAAACAAAAGAGACAGAUCCAAGCACUGUCAUUUGAUCCAGAUGAAGAAGAAGAAGAAGAGGAGGAGGAAGAUGAAACAACAAGUGAAAAGAGUUGGAAGGAAAAGGAUGAAGAACCGGUUCUAAAGAAAAUAAAAAAAAAUCCAGAUGUAGACACAUCAUUCCUACCGGACAGAGAACGAGAGGAGGCAGAUCUCAAACUGCGGGAGGAGCUACGACUGGAGUGGGUGAUGACGCAAGCUAGCCUCAAAGAUGAACCCAUCACUGUCACAUUCAGUUACUGGGAUGGUUCCGGGCACAGGAGAAAUGUAACUCUAAAGAAAGGUAACUCUAUAUACCAAUUCCUGCAGCGUUGCCUGGACACAUUGAGGCCAGAGUUCAGUGAACUGAAAACAGUCUCCGCAGACCAGCUAAUGUAUGUGAAGGAGGACCUCAUCCUGCCUCAUCACUACACCUUCUAUGAUUUCAUUGUCACUAAGGCACGAGGUAAAAGCGGUCCCCUGUUCCAAUUUGACGCCACAGACGACGUGCGACUAGUUAACGACGCCACGCAGGAGAAGCAAGACUCACAUGCCGGAAAAGUAUUACUGAGAUCAUGGUAUGAAAGAAACAAGCAUAUCUUUCCAGCAUCGCGAUGGGAGCCCUACGACCCAACGAAAACAUACUCCAAAUACACAAUCAAGGGAAAAUGAGGAGAUACUGCAAACAACGGCGAUCUUACUCUGUGAAGCAAUGUUAGUUUAUCUAACGAGUGUGAAGCAAUAAUUACAACAUACCAUUAGUAAUAAACAUUUAUUUUAUAAGCAA